AUGAUGCAAACACUGAAUCCGUAUUCCACCACUGCAAAAACAGCUGAAAUCAUGGCUAGGUAUAGGCCUAUAGCCCCCAAGCCUGAGGCGUCUGGGAGUGGGAGUGGGAGUCCCUCCUCGCCGGAGAAUUCUAAUGCUUUGCCGCAGAGCAUUAGGAAAUCUCCUUACCUUAGAAAUAUAUGGCCUCAGUUGCAGGCAAGGCCUACGAGGACUAGGAAGAGAGGGAGGUCUGCACUUGCGCCACCACCUCUGAAGAGAGCCAGGGCUUGUUUGCAGGGGCUUUCUCCUCCUUAUCAUGUAAUGGCCUCCCCUGCCAAAUCCUGGUCUUUACAAGGCUUUACUCAUAAUCCAAAUGGGUUCCCCCAGAUUCCAAUACUCCCGCUCAAAUGUGGGGUGGAUAAUCCGGUUUCUACUAUUGCAAACUCCAUCACCCUUCCUUUUCUUGCCCGUAACUCACCACCCUCCAUCCCGGCCAAACCUCUGGAACCAACAUCUCCACAUAACGGUGCAGAAAACUCUAGAGCUGAGAGGGGCAUAGAUUUGAACAUGGCGGCUGAAGUUCCUGAAGAAAUUGAUUUCAUGUCAAAAUUCCAAAGACCCGCGGUUAUCACCCCACGGCCUGUUCGUCCAGUCGGCUCCAACAUUUACAUAGGAUGUAUCACCAAGGAUGAUCGCCAACCCGAGAAAAAACUGCCCAAAAAACCAGAGGAGGUGGAGAAUGAAGUCGAGACAGAGGUGUUGCCAGCGGUUAUUUCCGACUCCAACCACAAAGUCCGGCUGGCCAAUUCUGCUUAUAAAGAAAUGGUGGGCCAGCCGGAAUGUCGCUGGCUUGAUUACACGGCGUACGGCGGCGACGGAAAGGAGGGCGGCAGCACUGCAUGCAAGAGGAUCUGCGGGGAGGUGAUUCUUCAGUUCUUGGAUUCCUGUGAUGUGCCACUGUCAUCAGAUAGAUUCACAUGCUGGGUGAGGAUAGAAUGGAGAAGCAAUGACAAGAAGAAUUCAGUAAGGGCCCUCUGUGAUGCUGUGAAGUUGGCUUGCCAGUCCAAGGACUACCUGUUUCAAUGGAGGUUCCACACCAAAGAACACUCCUCAGAAUCUGCCUCCAACAUCAAAACUACUCAAGUUUAA